GACGUCAAACGGAAAUCUGAAGGAGCAAUUCUUUCUGGAAAUCUCUAGCCGUUUCUCGCUAGCCCGCCCCAGGUUUCUCUUUCUAAGUUUAUGUUGACUUAACACAGCCCGCCGCUGCAUUGAAUACUAAUAGCAUUGUAUGAAAGGUGCUGAGUUUUUGCUUAAUCUGCGUUUUUGGAUAGGAGGUUCGGGUUAUCUUCGUUCGGCCGAGUAACUUCACGCUAGCCGAGUCAUCUCCGAAGCUAACGCUGCUCGGUACUUACUGGCGUCAUGUCUAGAAUAGACUACAGCGUGUGGGACCACAUCGAGGUGUCGGACGAUGAAGAUGACACGCACCCCAACAUCGACACACCUAGCCUCUUCAGAUGGAGACACCAGGCACGUGUCGAGCGGAUGGAAGACUUUGAGAAAAAAGGUGAAGAGAUGAACAAGGUCCUCAGCGAAUGUCGGCGUAAGCUGGCCGAGGCCCAGAAGAAAAUACAAGAGCUGUCGAUUUCAUCCACUGAUGACGCCAAAGCAGAGCUGAGCAAAGCCCAGGCCGAGGAGAAGAAGCUGAAAAAAGAGGAGCGGGAAUGGGAGAAGAAGUCGGCGGAACUCAGCCGGGAAGAGAAGAAGAUGCCGUGGAACGUCGACACGCUCAGCAAGGAGGGCUUCAGCAAGAGCGUCGUCAACGUCAAACCUGACUCGGCUGAAGAGACUGAAGAAGAAAAGGAGCAUAAGCACAAAACCUUUGUGGAGAAAUAUGAGAAGCAAAUCAAACAUUUUGGCAUGAUGCGACGCUGGGACGACAGCCAGAAGUACCUCUCUGACAACUCUGAUCUAGUAUGUGAAGAGACCGCCAACUACCUGGUCAUCAUGUGCAUCGACCUGGAGGUGGAGGAGAAACACUCGUUGAUGGAGCAAGUGGCUCAUCAGACCAUUGUCAUGCAGUUCAUUCUGGAGCUGGCAAAAAGCCUCAAGGUGGACCCACGCGGCUGCUUUCGACAAUUCUUUGCCAAGAUUAAGACCGCAGACCAGCAGUACCAGGAUGCUUUCAACGACGAGCUGGAGUCGUUCAAGGAGCGCGUUCGCGGACGGGCGAAGAUCCGCAUCGAGAAGGCCAUGAAGGAGUACGAGGAAGAGGAGCGACAAAAGCGCCUGGGGCCCGGGGGGCUCGACCCCGUAGAGGUGUACGAGUCUCUGCCGGCUGAGAUGCAGAAAUGCUUUGACGAUAAAGACAUCCAAAUGUUACAGGAGGUUAUUAGCAAAAUGGACCCAACGGAGGCGAAGGUUCACAUGAAGAAGUGCAUAGAAUCGGGCCUCUGGGUCCCCAACUCCAAGACGGACGACGGGGAUGAGAAAGAGGAAGAUGCUAUCUAUGAGGAGGUGAAACAGGAGCCGGAAGAAACCAAGAAAGAAUGACCAACAUCGAUCACCAUGUACCUACCUACUGUAUUGCGCCCCCACAAUGUGUAUGACUAGUUUGCCAAUCAUGGAACAAGGAAAUAACUCCUUCAAAAUGCUAAACUGAGACUCGAGGUGUUAGUGUUGAGCUAUCUGCACAGCUGGCGUGGCAUUAGUAACUUGAGCUUCUGCUCGUGUUAAAGCUUUUAUUGUUUGUUUGGACAUCAGCUGUAUUCUUCCAUGUACUUGUACACACCUCUCAGUUUGUGUGGAAGUGCCUGCCUGCUUCCCUCGUGCUAUCGCACGGUAGAUAAUGUUCUGUACUUUAUCUGGGUGUGCAUUUACUGAAUUGGAUGGACAGAUUUAACCAUAUUUGUGAUUUUCUUUUUGUUAGACUUUUAGGAUUUGAGCGACCAAUGUAUUCAGAUGGUUAUUUCCCAGAAGUGACAUUUUCUACAAACUUGCUUAACAAAUGGUUGAAUUAUAUCCAACUACUCAAACCUGA